AGGCUACAGACCGCCUUCCUCAACCCUAACUACGAACAAGGAGAUAAAACCAAUCGGCCAUUCAGCCGGAAGGCGGCCGCGAGGCAGGAGAAAAUCUUGAUCGAUACAAAGACACAGAGAAAGAAGAAAGCCCAUCGACAAGCCUUCUUAAUAUUCUGAAGGCGGCGGCGAUGUCGAAGCGAUGCCAUUACGAGGUCCUCGGCAUCUCGCUGGAUGCUAGCCCCGACGAUAUCCGUUCCUCUUACAAGAAGCUCGCCCUCCAGCGCCACCCAGACAAGCUAAUGCGAUCCGGGCUAAGCGAAGGCGAGGCCACAGCUCAGUUCCAGGAGUUGGUUCACGCCUACGAGGUUCUCUCCGACCCCAAGGAGCGCGCCUGGUACGAUUCUCACCGCUCUCAGAUCCUCUUCUCCGACCCGGACUCCGCCAACUCUGGCGUUCCUGAUUUGUUCUCCUUCUUCUCCAAUACGGUAUUCUCUGGUUACUCCGAUAAAGGGAAAGGCUUUUACAAGGUUUAUUCGGAUGUCUUCAACAAAAUUUAUGCCAACGAGGUCAGUUUUUGUAAGAAAUUAGGAACCGGGUUCGAGAGUUUAAGGGAGGCGCCGUUGAUGGGGAAUUUGGAGAGCCCUUACAGGCAGGUGACUGCUUUUUACAGUUAUUGGUUAGGGUUUAGCUCGGUUAUGGAUUUCUGUUGGGCGGACCAAUAUGAUGUAAUGGCUGGCCCUGAUCGGCGCUCGCGGCGGCUUAUGGAGGAGGAGAACAAGAAGCUGAGGAAGAAAGCCAAGAGGGAGUUCAAUGAGACGGUGAGAGGGUUGGCUGAUUUUGUGAAGAAGAGGGAUAAGAGGGUGAUUGAUAUGAUGGUUAAGAAGAAUGCUGAGAUGGAGAGGAAGAAGGAGGAGGAGAAGGAGAGGAAGAAGAAGUUGGAGAGGGAGAAGAUCGAGAGAAUGAGGGCAUAUGAGGAGCCAGAUUGGGCUAAGGUGAGCGUGGAACUUGAUGAUUUGGAAGAUAUUGAAGACGAGAAGAAGGAAGAUGAAGGGAAGCAAGAGUUGUAUUGUGUGGCUUGUGGGAAGAAGUUUAAGAGUGAUAAACAAUGGAAGAAUCAUGAGCAGUCCAAGAAGCACAAGGAGAAGGUGGCCGAGUUGAGAGAGUCGUUUAAGGAAGAAGAGGAGAAAGCCGAGGCAGACGAGGAAGAAGACUUUGUGGAGUUUGGAGAAGAAACUAAUGAGACAUAUUAUGGUUUGGAUGAGGUAGAGGAGAGUUUUGAAAAGGGUUUUACGGUUAGUGAGGACAAUAAUGGGGUUGAGAAUUUGGAAGCUGAAGAUGGGUUUGUUGAUACAGAAGACUCUAAUGGAGUGGACGGAGCCAAUCAGAAUACUCAGGAUGCUGUUUUGGGUAGUGAUGAUGGUGAUGGUGAUGGUGAUGGUGAUGGUGAAAGAAAUGUCCUUGAAGCAAUGCUGUCGGGACGCAGGAAUAGGAAGACUCGAAGUUCUAGUGUAUAUGAAGAUGUGUGGAAGGAAGCUUAUGGUAAUGGUGCUAACGAGGGACGUACUGAUGUUACAGAGCAUGACAGUCGGAAGAGUAGAAGGAAAGCUAAGAAAGAAAAGGGCAAGAGCAAUAGUGCAGUAGGACCUCAGAAUGCUGUUGUUGAUGAGAGUAAGAGUAUGAAUGAGGAGAAAGCAGUGGGUGAUGAUGACCAAAUGAAUGAGCCCUGUUGUACUACUUCCAUUGCAGAUGACAAUGCGAAUGAUAUUAUAAAGGAAGAUCAUUUGGUGAAGAAUCGUAAGAGUUCAACUAGCCAAUCUGCUGCCGAGAAGAAGGGCGUUGCAAGGAAGGAAACCAAUUCAAAGACCACAUCCAAAGGGAAGAAAGGAAAGGGAGGUUCGAAAAAGGCUGGCAACUCGUGUGAGGCAUGCGGGGAGGAGUUCGAGUCGAGGAACAAGUUGCAUAAGCACUUGGGUGAAACAGGUCAUGGUUCAUUGAAAUACCGAUGAAGAGUAUAACCAAUUAUUUGAUUCUUAUUUUCAUUAUUUGCUUUUGUUUGUAGAAACAUCAAUUUUGACCAUCCAUGUAUUUUAGAGAGAUGUGAUUGUAAGAAUAGAAUCAUAUGUAAACUAUCAGAAUCCUACUGGUAUCCAUAAUUCAGAUCUUUCUUUGUAGUAAUUGGCC